AUGGAACUACUUGUCAAUCUACCCAUAUUAAAAACCGUUGCUUACCAAGUUGAUGUUAUUGGACAAUUUGAAACCUUCAAUUGCCAUCUAAAGCAGAUAGUCGCUGAGCUACUUCCCACCACAGCUUCUACGAUCCUGAUUGAAUUGAACGCUCCAGCGCAACUGAACGUUGCUAAAUUGACGCCAGCAUUGAUUGCCGAAGUGACAGCGGCGUUUGUGAAUGAGAUCGGUGGCUUUAUUUAUGAAGCGGAUACCAUCGAAAACGUUCGUAGGGUCCAGCAAAUAAUUAAGAAAUUAUACCAACUGGUGGACUAUUUGGACCCAGUCGUCACUGCUACGAUAGUAAGGGAUAUCUUCCCUCACACCAAUUCCUACGGCGAGGAUCUCCGGGACAUUAUUGACAGUUUAAAGAGUGACAUGAUUACGACUAAUCGAUUACCUGAAAUCACCCGAGGUCUAGUUCGAGGCUUGUUGAUGUUACUUUUGAAUCUUCUUCCAACGUUAAUUUUCACUAACAACGAUGACAUUGCCGCUUGGAAAUCUCAACAUUUGAGUGAUCUUCUCGAUCCGCCUAUGGGCCCCCAACCCUCUGCAUCUACUCAAGCCUACAGUGGCUACAUUGCAACGGAGUGGCAGCACUACAAGCUGAAUUCAAAGUCCAGGUUGGAGUCGCCCGACUUUCUCAAGGAAAUUUCAAAGAUGUCAAGCACGGCUUCGACAGAUACAAAUUUGCAAGGAACUUCGGCACACACCGAUAAAGUCCAAACAACUAGCAAUAGCCAUCUGCAAAUUAUUUCCGAUCACAUUACUCACGGCAUCGCGGCAUUUACAAAGACCUUCGCAGGCUACACAAGGGUGCACCCUGAUAAAUUUCCACCGAUGAUCUUGAACACGUCAGCGGCAAUGUUAAGGUAUAACUUUGAGAAGCUAUUGCAGCUACCCCUUGAAGAUCCUGGGGCUCUAAAGGAAGAGAUGAUAGUAGUGGUUACAUUGGUCUUAGGAGCUGUAUCGACAAAAGCCUCUCUCACAGUACCUGACUGGGAUCGAAUGUACCUCUUCACCAUGACGAUGUUUGCGGUUUUAUCAACUUUGGGUAAAAUCAUUUUUGAAGUGAUUAAGUCUAAGGGUCCCGUGGCCUUCGUGGCCUCCGACGACAUACCAGCCAUUGUGAUAUCACGGCUGGUGAUUAGCAAGUUCAAAAAGAAGGAGCCAUACAUGGCGGACGUUCCGUGGGGCCAGAUCCAGGUGGAGGGGACAGGGAUACUCAAGGUGGUAGAUAUUGGCGGGAAGUCUUUUGGAAUCAAAGCUCUUUACUCUCCCAAAAGUGCAGGGAAUCCAUGUCUCAUUCAUGACCUGCUGAAUAGAGUACAUGAGGUGCGGAUGCUGGAGGCAAUCCCCGCAAUUGUACCAUCAAGUGAUCUCCAAAAGAACGCUAAGCUUCUUCAUAAUGAAGAUGACCCGUACGACGUUAGGAAGCACGGAGAGGGGAAUGUUUACACAAUGCGAGCUAGGGGUGAUGUUUACAUUCCAUUGAGACAACUGCCCAAAGUCGCUUCGCUCAUCGAAGGAUGGACUUGGACAGAGACUGGAAUAGUAAAGUGUGUUUCUGAUACAAGAGAACAAAGAUGGGGCACUGUUUAUGUUGACGCGAAUUCGAUGCCUGAAUCCUAUCGGAAAUAUCAUUUGAAUAACUCCAUAAGGUAUCUGAGCUAG